AUGUCGUUGCUUGAAAACCAUCUAGAGCAGAUCCAGCUCUCCUCCAAUGCGAUCGCAGAAUUACCUUUCCCUCAGCCUCGAAUCUUCACCAAUGCCCUCCUAGGUCCUCAUGAUAUUACAGCUCUGAUCCGUGAUACUGAAGCUCAUGAGCGAGCGCUGUUUCAGACCGAUCCGUCGGCUACGUCCCAGCGACGGGCAACAAGGCGGGGGACAAUGUUCCAACCUGACGCAGAGGGAGAGUCGAUGGCCAGUCGGAUCUAUGCGGCACGGAACAAUCGAAAUCAGUCAGCAGUCGCCAGAGUCUUAGGGUCUGACAUGAUGGAAGAGAUCAAACGCUCUGCGGGGACCUCUAGCAGAGGAACGCGCGUUGAAGUCAACAUCGAUGUGUUACUGCGGGGUGCGGAGAUACUCUGCAAUGUUUAUCCUGUUGCUGGUGCGCUAGAAAAGAUCGCGAGCCUACGCUACCGUCACGAAAUAAUCAGCGACUCAGUUGCCAAAUUGGAGAACCGUGUAGCAAGGAACACUACAGAAUUGGAGCAGAUGAGCCACUCAUAUGGGGAUGACUAUGAUGACUAUGACAACACACCAGCCUCCCAAGCGGAUGGCGGUGGUGUCACUGAUGCUGACAUUGAGAGGGAGAUGGAGGAGAUCAGAGAACUUGAAAGAAGGAAACGGGCUCUAGAAGCCCGUGUCAGCGGUAUGGAAAGAGAUCUGGGUGGCUUGAUGGGUUGA